AUGCGCGGCGGCAUCGGAUUUGGAUUAUUGUGCAGGAAUGUGGAGCACUAUGGAUCCUGCAAUGGCGGAUGGACCGUCAUCUACUCCGAUGAUUUAGACGAAGAGAAGGAACUAAGGGAGAAAAGUAAGAAUUGCAACAGCUUCGAGUCUAUACCUACUACCACCAAGAACAUCGCUGAAGAGCCACUGCAGUCCGUGGAGAGAUUCAAGCGCUGGAAGAAACGUACAGAGGCCUGCAUCUUUGCACAUCAAGCUGAACUUGCAUCGGCCAAGUCGACUGACGAGAGCGGACAGCGCGUUUCAAGUUACGGAGAGAAGAGAUAUGGUCUGAGAGGAACGAUGAGUAUCGAACUGGAGAAGCUUCGGCAGGAGUACAAGUCGAAGCGGGAGAAUGUGGAAGCGUGUCAAAACUGGGCGAAUGAGUCUGCUGAUACUGGCUUCGACCGUACGCGAUAUCAUCAGAUCAGCCUCCAGCAGGCAAAGGGGGAAGCUGUCAUCUAUCAAAAAGCAUACGGAGCGGCCCUAGCAGACGCCAAGCGACUUUGUCCGGGGAGAACGUUUCAGCCUGCGACCGGAAAUGUCUCGCUCGGUAGAGUGGAUACAGUCGUUAGUAUUCGGGAUCAAUAA